GUUUCCCAAAAGCGAUACUAUUAGUUUACCAACACAGUUCGAUGGAACUUAAGGAAACGAUGCUUUUGUGAAACGCACCCUCUGGUCGAUGGCGCCAAGAUGGCAGUAAUAAAAAUCUCUGCUGGGUCAGAACAGGCCAAGGGUGUGUUUGGCGCGCAGUCCAGCCCACUGACAUUUAGGGCGUUGCAUUAAAACAAACACAGGGAGAAUGGAAGGAAAAGUAAAUAUGAACAGAAACGCUCAACUAACUAUAAAGCUGCGGAUUUAACUGCGCGUUUCUCUGACGUCAUUACGCACUGACGUCAACAUCCUUCCCACACAUUCGCUGAUACAUAGAACAUAUUGAUAAAACGGCACGUUUGUUGGAACUCUGGUGCGGUAGUUCCAUAUUACCUCAAGAUCUCACUCGUUUCGAUUACGUUGCAAUGUUUUCUGAAGACGUAAGUAUUACACUGCGCUGCACCUGCUAAAGCGGCGGUUGCGUAUAUUCAGAAUUUACGCUAAACAGUUCCACAUCAGUUAAAUCAGUCGAGGUUGUUUUCAGUGAAAGGACAGCCAGGCUGUCUACCUCAACUGUCAGUCACAUGUCGACGGAGGAUCUGUCCACAUCCGACAGCGAAGCUGCCUUCGCGGGAGCCGGGGAGCGCUGGGCGCCCGUGGGAGCCGUGGCCAACCCGGAGGAUGAGCAGUGGAAGAGGGGCACGCAGGCUGGUUCGGUGUCGUCCGGCGAUGCAGACUUGGUAUCCAAGCUGCGGAAGCUGGAGGAUGAGCAGGAGCAGUUGAAUUCGUCGCUCCUCGCGUUAACGUCUCACUUCGCUCAAGUGCAGUUUCGGCUAAAACAGAUCGUCCACGCACAGAGCGACGAGAAAGAAAGGAUGCUGCUGGAGCUGGAGGAGUUUGCCUUCAAAGGAUGCCCUCAUGUCAUAGGCUGCAGGGCACAGGAUGCUCAGAUGCUCGAGAACUCUAGUGAAAGGGAGAAGAGGGAGCGCUUGGAAGCUCAGAGGAAGAAGCAGAAGGAGCUGAUUUUCCAGCUGAAGACUCAGCUCGAUGACCUGGAGCGUUUCGCCUACCAGGAGGGCAGCUAUGACUCACUGCCUCAGUCUGUCGUCAUGGAGAGACAGAGGGUGAUUAUAGAUGAGCUGAUUAAGAAGCUGGACGUGAACCUGAAUGAAGACAUUGGGAACCUCACUCCAGAGGAGCUCCGACAGAGAGUGGACGCUGCUAUAGCACAGAUAGUCAACCCGGCUCGAGUUAAAGAGCAACUGGUUGAGCAGCUCAAGACCCAAAUCAGAGACCUGGAGAUGUUCAUCAACUUCAUACAGGAUGAAGUGGGGAACCCUCUGUUAAAUGACGGUGUGAAUAGCCAGCAGGCCCGUGCUUCCGGACCAAACACCGGAGCCACUGGAGGCAUGAAGCGAGUGGAUCCCGAACAAGCCCAGAGGAUGCGAGAAACCGGGCUUCAGCUGAUCCAGAAAGCCUUAGCGGUGCUGCAGAUCUUUGCUCUGAGUCAGUUCGGCUGUGCCGCGGGCCACGUGCCCCAGAACAUGUGGUCUCAAGGUAGCGAGGCUCAAGAUUACGGCCCCCUACUGCAAAAACUCGAAGGAGCCGUGGAGCGCGUACGUCUGCAAGCCUCUCGCCAUCAGCCCAGCUCUCAGGAGGAACAUGUUGUCAGCUACUCUGCCUGCCUGUCGCCUGGAGGACCUCGGGAUGAACUCACCGCUUCUGUGCGUAAAGAUCUCGCCUUGGCGCUCCGGGACCUGCUGGCCCACGGAUUGUACACUCCUUCCCAGGGUAUGAGCCUGGUCCUCGCCCCUAUUUCCUGCCUGCUGCCCUUCAGCUCUUCUCCCCAGACCCUGCAUCCCUGGGAACUUUUCAUCAAGUACUAUCAUUCCAAAAACGGUCAGGCGUUUGUUGAAUCGCCCGCACGGCAGCUCUCUCAAUCCUUCAGUUUGCCGGUAGGUGGUGGUCCUGUGACCGUCACGCCCAAGCAGUCUCUGUUAUGGGCCAUUCAUACGGUUCUUAAAGAGCAUGGACGAUACAAGCGUAGCGCAGACUCUGAGUUCAAGGCCUUAGUGUGCAUGGCACUCAAUGAGCAGAGGCUUGUGUCCUGGCUCAACCUGCUGUGUAAGUCUGGGACGCUCAUCCACUCACACUACCAGCCCUGGAGCUACAUGGCUCAGACGGGCUUCGAAGGUGCCCUGCGCAUCCUGGGCCGCCUCAGCCAUCUCAAAUUCAGCCUUCCUGUUGAUUUGGCUGUCAGGCAGCUUAAAAAUAUCAAAGAUGCUUUCUAAGCAAAAGGGAAUUUUGAUGGGUUGAGGGAACCCUCCCAACCCUCAUAAUCUUAAAACACAUGACAAAGAACAGUAAUUACAACAUAACUCUAAUAUACGUAACACUAAUAUAUAUAUAUAUAUAUAUAUAUAUAUAUAUAUAUAUAUAUAUAUAUAUAUAAAAUAUGAAUUUAAAUCAAGUUAAAAAAUAGUCCCAGAUCAACAAGUACACUGGAAUUAAAAAAUUGGAAAUGAAGCAACUUGUGCACUUUCUUGAGACAUUGAGUUGUUGCUGUUGGCUCUAAUGCCUCUUGUCUCUGAAGAGGAUGAUGAUAAUGAAGGCAGGUUUUAAUAUGCUGCAUUGGUCACAACUUAAAGGAGAUGUCCACUUCCAGAACCAAAAUUUACAGAUAAUGUAUUCACCCUUUUGUCAUUCAAGAUGUUCAUGUCUUUUUUUAAUUCUGCCAUAAAGACAUUAUGUUUUAAAGGAAAACAUUUCAGGAUUUUUCUCCAUAUAAUGGACUGAUAUGGAGCCCUGAUUUUGAACUAAAUGCGGCUUCAAAUGAUCCCAAAUGCGGUUGUGAACGAUCUCAGCCAAGGAAGAAGGGUCUUAUCUAGCGAAAUGAUCGGUUGUUUUGAUAAAAAUAAUACAGUUUAUAUACUUUUUAAUCUCAAACGCUCAUCUUGUCUUGCUCUGCCUGAACUCUGUGUAUUCUGGCUCAAGACAGUUAGGGUAUGUCGAAAAAAAACUCAGAUCGUAUUUUCUCCUUCAACUUCAAAAAUCAUUUCAAAAUAAUCCUACAUCGCUGCAGAAGUACCGACCCAGUAUUUGCAAACUAAACAUGCAAAGAAGAUCAAACACCCUUAACAAAAAAGCGAUAUAAGACUAUUAUGAAGUUGAGGGAGAAAAUGAGAUGGGAAUUUUUCGACAUACACUAACUGUCAUGAACUGGAAAAAUCAGUUCAGGCAGAGCAAGACAAGACGAGCGUUUGACAUUAAAAAGUAUAUAAAUUGUAUUAUUUUUAUGAAAAUAACCGAUCGUUUCGCUAGAUAAGACCCUUCUUCCUCGGCUGGGAUCGUUUGAAGUCACAUUUAAGCUGCAUUUUGAAAGUUCAAAAUCGGGGCACCAUAGAAGUCUAUUACAGGGAGAAAAAUCCAGAAAUGUUUCCCUCAAAUACCAUAAUUUCUUUACGACUGAAGAAAGAAAGACAUGAACAUCUUGGAUGACAAGGAGUGAGUACAUUAUCUGUCAAUUUUUGUUCUGGAAGUGGACUUCUCCUUUAAAGGAAAUGUGCUCAGUUUAGUGACCCUGAGCGUGUAACUGCCUCCACAUAACCUCUGAGGGGAUUUGUUAUGUUAAGCUUUUACCAAAAUCAAUCACUGUACUCUAUGUAGAAGAAUGAGUCAUUACUUGAAAUCUUUUCAAGGGCCAUUGUGUAUGUUUGUAUGGAAGCCCGUUUCCUCCACUGAAUAAAAAAAUAAAAAAAGGUAAUUGUGACUUUUUUUCUUGCAAUUGUGGGUUCACAUCUCGCAAUUCUGACUUUUUUUCCUCAGAAUUGGGAGAUAUAAACUCACAAUCCUGAGAAAAAAGUCACAAUUGCAAGAGAUAAAAAAAAUCUGAAAUGCAAAUUUAUAUCUCACAAUUCUGACUUUAUUUGUCGUUUUUAUAUCACAAUACCGAGUAAAAAAGUUAGAAUUGAAAGUUUAUCUCGCUAUUCUGACUUUAUUUCUCACAAUUGCGAGUUUAUGUCCUGCAGUUCUGACUUAAUAUCUCGCAAUUCUGGUUUUAUAACUCGCAAUAAGAAUUGCAAGUUUGUAUAAUCACAAAAAAAAUCUGAAUUGCGAGAGAUAAACUUGCAAUUGUGGGAAAAAAAAAAAAAAAAAUCAGGAAUGCAAAUUUAUAUCUCACAAUUCUGACUUUAUUUUUCGUUUUUAUAUCACACAAUACUGAGAAGAAAAGUAAGAAUUGCUAGUUUAUCUCACAAUUCUGACUGUAUUUCUCGCCAAUGCGAGUUUAUAUCAUGCAAUUCUAAAUUUAUACCUUGCAAUUCUGGCUUUAAAACUCGCAAAAAGAAUUGCAAGCUUGUAUCUCAAUCCUGAGAAAUUGUCAAAAAAAAAUCCUAAAAAUGCAAAAAUCAUACAAUUCUGUCUUUAUUUCUCAUAAUUUAUUUCUCAUAAAGUUUAUAUCACGCAAUUCUGAGAAAAAAAUGCCAAAAUUGCUAGUUUACUUUGCAAUUCUGGCUUUAUAACUCACAAUAGCAUGUUUAUAUCACCCAAUUUUUGAGAAAAAAGGCAGGAUUUCGAGUUUAUAUCUUGCAAUUCUGACUUCAUUUCUCAGUAUUAUGAGUUUAUAUCCUACAAUUCUGAGAAAAAAAAUCAGAAUAGCAAGUUUGUAUCACACAAUCCUGAGAAAAAAGUCAGAAUUGUGAAAUGUAAACUUACAAUUGCGAGAAAAAACAAAAAAAAAAGUCACAAUUACCUUUUUUUUAUUUAUUCGGAGGCAAAAAUGGACUACCAUAUGUUUUAUAGAAAAGUGAUGUAACGGUUUAAUUACAUUUAAACUUAUGUAGCCAAUCAUUUUCUCAGCUUGUACUACAUUAUUGUACAAUGGUUCACAGACAAAUCAAGAUGUUUUUAAUUUAAGACUUGUUUUCAUUAGCAUUAUUAUGGGUCAUUACAUUUCAAACACUGGCAUAGUGCAUAUACUAUCUGGGUCAUUGCUGCUGUGUGUGUUCGUAUCGCUUUCUGAGGAGACCAUGCAUGCUGGUGAGACCUCACUUAGGUCAAUCAACACACUCAGGUCAUUCUGAACAAACGAAGAGAUGCUCAUUGGUGUUUGUAAACCACUAGAAAACCACUUUUCUCUCUAACUCCUUUUCACAGCCUGGCCCUUCCAGCCAGUUGACAUCUUAUAAACAAAAUGAUUGUAGAAAACUACAUCUUGUGGUAGUGCUGCUCGUUCACUGCUACAGGAGGAAAUGCACAGCAAGUGAACUGAAUUAAAUGGAGGUCAUUCCACACACUUGCUGAAUAGAAGUUUGAUAUGCUGUGCAUCGGCAGUGACUGAAUUAUUUAUGGCCUUUAUGGCAGAGGCUCUGCUUGAAUACCUGCUGUUUCCAUGUCUUAUCAAUCCUUGUUUACUGCUCUGAAAUAUUGAAUGUACAAUCCUACUAUUUGUAUCUGCUACUGUACCCGUUCUGAUUCCUGAUUCCUUAAACCACCCUGGAUACUGAUUGACUGAAACCUUCAUGCAGUAAGAAGGGACUGUUUGUUAGAACAUUGUGGAAAUGGAUUCAGUAUUCAGUGUACUUCUCUGCACCAUUAGAACAUGGAGAAAUGGUUGCGAUGCAUUUAUUAGCCCUGCUCAGUUAGACCUUAUUUAAUGUAGUUUUUUUUUUUUUUUUUUUUUUUUUUUUUUUUUGAGUAUAUCAAAUUGAAUACAUGCUUGGCCUAUUUUCAUGCCUAUUUGAUUUGUCCCAUCAUAUCUAUUUAAAAAAAAAUGUCCUUGUACCUCUUCUUAGAAAUAGAUGUUAUAUUAUUUCAAUAAUGAUUUCAAAUCAGUGUCAAUAACAUUCCCUUUUUUAAAAGUGUGCCAUCAUUUUUGGAUGUAAUGAUGGUCUCUUUUCAGUGAUUUUGUGGAUUAAAUGUCCUGGAUGCUCUAUGAA